UUUAAGCAGAACGACGGCGUAUUUAUUGCAUUCGUACAAUUAUACGAGAGAACGGAGUGGCUGUCAAUGGGAAAUGGGUCUAACCCAAGUGUUAAGAAGGGUUGGACAAUGGAAGAACCUGUUAAUCAUAAUUCUGCUUCCUAUAGUGCUGUUACCAAUACCCGUGCUCGGAAAAUCAUCGGUGUCAAAAUGUGCUUACGCCGUCAUCAUCAUUGGGGUUUACUGGGUGCUGGAGGUGAUGCCAAUUGCUGUGACUUCAUUGAUUCCCGUGUUCCUGUUUCCACUGCUGGGCAUAAUGCCAUCAGCUGACGUCUGCAAAAAUUACGCGAACGACACGCUUAUGUUGUUCUUUGGAAGCCUGGUUGUGGCAGCCGCAGUUGAGAAGUGGGACCUUCAUAAACGUAUUGCUCUAAGGGCCCUCACAUUGGUCGGACCAGAACCGCGAUGGCUGUUGCUCGGUAUUAUGUUGCCCACGUGGUUCCUGUCCAUGUGGAUGUCCAACACCGCAACGACGGCUAUGAUGAUUCCUAUCCUUAAUGCCAUCCUUAUCCAAAUGAAAGAGGUCAAGAAUAAAGUUCGAGAGAGCGAUAAUGGGGUAACGAUGCGUUUAAAAAGCAUCGACUCAAAUGACGAAGCAGAAAAACCUGUUUCAAAAAAUGGGGCCAAGGUCACGGUGGAAAUGGAUGACAUCCUAGAACCAGGCCAUCCAGUACAAUAUUCAAUUGAAGUUCAUCGCAAAGAAACACAUAUGCUGCGGGUAGAGAGUUCAUCUGGCAUAGAUCCGCAGGAUUUCACCUCCACGACUCUGCUCACCUACCCUGUACCCGGCCAAAGGAUCGCCAAAGAGAAUCGUGCCGACGACGUCAAUGACGACCCGGAUCAGGAGUUUGCCCAAAUGGCGAAGACGUUCGCUCUGUGCGUAGCGUUCGCAGCGAACUGCGGUGGUAUAGCCACGUUGACGGGAACACCGCCAAACAUCAUACUCAAGGGACAAGCCGACAUACUAUACCAAAAGCAUGGUCUGAACUCGGCUGUAACGUUUGCCAACUGGAUGGCUAUUGGCGUCCCUAUGUCUGUGACGGUGUUUUUGGCAACGUGGCUUUGGCUGCAGAUAUUUGCCCUCGGGAAAAAAUGUCUUUGCUGUAUCAAAACUGAUGAUGACUACAGUGCUGUCAGAGUUCAUUUGCAGCACGAAUACAAAAAACUAGGGAAAUGGAGUUUCGCAGAGGUUCUAGUCAUGGCAGACUUUGUUAUAUUAGCGUUCCUCUGGAUUUCACGGAACCCGGUUGUUGUACCCGGCUGGGGAACACUAUUUAAAACUAAGUAUGUAGAAGAUUCAACAGCAGCUAUUUUUAUGUCUGUUAUCUUGUUUGUCUUGCCAAGUAAACUUCCUAAAUUCGGGAAAAACGAUGAUGGGCAUAAGGAGGACGAGUUGACGGCAGCCACUGAGUACGUUCCACUUUUGACUUGGAAGUACGUCAAUGACAAGAUGGCAUGGGGUAUCCUCCUACUUAUGGGUGGGGGGUUCGCAUUAGCGGAUGGUUGUGCUACGUCAGGUUUGUCAGAAUGGAUCAGCGAGAAACUGACGGUGUUUGAGAACUUACCGACUUGGAUAACAUCAGCGCUGCUCACUUUCAUAACAGCAGCUAUAACCAACGUGACGAGUAAUGCUGCCACAGCGACACUGUUCCUUCCAAUAGUCGGGGGAUUGGCCAUAAAGCUAUCAGUGCAUCCGCUGUAUUUCAUGAUACCUUGUGCGGUGGCGGCCUCGUUUGCCUUUAUGCUUCCAGUCGGUACCCCGCCAAACGCCAUUGUAUUCUCAACUGGGUACCUCAAGAUCAUCGAUAUGAUAAAAGCCGGUGGUGUUAUCAACGUGAUCGCAGUGUUGAUCGUGUGUAUUUGUAUGAACACAUUUGUGAUGCCGAUAUUUAACCUAUACACAAUCCCCGCAGCGUUCCUGACAAAUCAUACCUCCGGUGAACUAGUAGUGCAAGGACUUGAUAACAGUACGGUUGGGACAACUUUGUAUAAUAUAACUGGAUGAUAAAAGUGUAUAUUGUGACUCUGUUUGAAAUUAUCAAAAGGUAUAAUAUCGAUUGAAAAACGCGUACUUCAAGUUCAUGUGAAUCUUUGGGAAAGGCAAUCGUACCAGUUUAAACAGAGUACAUUGGCAAAUAAGCACUGACUGAUGUGCUAUAAUUGAGUAUGGUAUAAUAUUGUGUUUGUAAUUAAUUUAUUGCUCGGGUAGAGAAGUUGCCAUUGUGCCAUGUUGUGAAAUAUUUAAUGCAUUUAAAUGCUUGUUGGUGCUUCUCAAUACCUCGGAAAACUAUAUGCACAUAUUAUAUAGAAAUUUCUCUGGAUGAUUAGCUUUUCAAAGACAAAUUAACCCCUUUUGACAUUGGGUGUUUGAAGUUUUUCUUCAGAGACAAAAUUACGCUUAUGCUUUCCUUUUAUGAUUUUAUAUGCAUUCCAUUAUCCCUUUUGAAUAAUUUUAUUUGUCUAACACUGUUUUAUUGUCAAACAUACCAACACCAAAACUGUUUCAAUAUAAAACCAUUCAGAGUCAUAAACAUGUGUGUGCUGAUAUAGACAAUUACUGUAUAUGUACUUGUGUGUGUAUUUUAGCUAGUCAUUGACAAGAUCAUAUCAUGUAAAGGCUUUAAAUACAAUCCUACUGAAUGCUUAUUGAAUUAUAUAAAGUAUUAUAAAAACAAGUAUUGUAUAAACGUUUGAUGUAUUUGUUUCCUGUUCUCAGACGAAAAUAUGCAGUAACUGUUGAAGAAGAAAAAAAUUCACGCUAAAGCAUUUUAAGUCAUACUAUUAUAUUUGUAUAAUUGUUAAUUCCCUGUAGCGCACUGUACACACCAUUAAAAUACAAAUAAUUUUCUUAAUAAUAUUUUCGGAGGAGUAUAUGUUCGUCCGAAAUUAAACAAAUGUAUUAAUCAUCUUAACCUUGAAUAAUAAGAAUAUUAUAAGAAUGCAUACUUAACCUCCUUUGACACAAUUCGACGUUUCUGGUUUCUAUGAAAUCCUAAAAGUGAUAAAGACUUAGAGUUCUCACGAUCCAUAAAGGAUACAUAAGUGGCAAUAUAUAAAUAUUGUAAACAUACUUAAAUUUUGUUUUGUUGGGACGAGUGUAAAUGCAUUUAAAAGUAAAUGAGUAUAAAUCCGGAUUACUAUUGUUAAAGUGAUAUAUUUUUUUCUUCGUUAUUUUGAUUUUCUCUUAUUAUGCAGAGUGUUUAUUUGAUCAUAACAGUCCGAAAGACAAAACGAUGUUUCAAAAUCAACAGAAGGCUGUAUAACACUUUAACUAUUUAGCUGUUUGGCCAUUCCAUAUUAUUAGUUAUCCUUACUUUGUAUGUUUAUUUAUAUUUUUAUUAUCACUUUUUGGUAAUUGGAUAUUUUUGCAAGGUUAUCAGCUAUUUCACUUCCUUUUGUGACACUAGGGCUUAGAAACCAACAAAGGCUGACUGUUUGUUUUUGAAUAAUAUCUCGCAAUUUUAAAGUUAGCUGUUCCAUUAUGCAAAGAAUGAUUUUUAUGGGCUACAGUAGAGGUCGAACAGGGCGAAUACGACGAACUUUCCACUAGUUUGUUUGGAAAAAGAAAUCAAAGCGCUGAAGGCACUGAAGUUGUUCGCUGUUGUCGUCCUUGAUUAGCUUGUGCGCAUUGCAAAGGCUAAUCAGUGUGCACAGGCUAAUCUUAUUUGACAUGCAUUAAGCUCCAUUUUCCCUGAAAGUAGCCUAUACGUACAGAUGUCAAUGAUAAACACUAGACUGGCCAAUGUCGACUUACAAGCUGGUAAAUACACCCACUGCAGUAGUAUAGCAGACGCUUCUAAUCAUUCGUUGUCUGCAGUGCAGACAGGCAGCGGUAAUCGUUCCUAGCAUAGUGAGUUACAGUCCUUAGCGUAGCUAAGAUAGCUAAGCAUAUACUGAUUUGCAAAACAUGCUCUGUAAAUUUAGUCGGCCGCUAACGCGACCAACUAAAAAUAGCAAAGAAUGUGUUUAUUGCUUCAGAUGAACAUAUUAACGCUUUGUCUGUGUAGGAAGCCUUAUUGUAGCUGAUAUAUCAUUUGAAAUAAGGGCAUUAACAACAAGAUAGUCGUAUAUCAAUAAACAACAAGAUAUUCGUCUAUAAAUCCAUUUCAUAUUAAUACAUGUAUUAUUUAGUUUUUUAUCGACACACUCAGAUUUAAACAUUUCAGGACUAUUAACUGUUUUUUAACAAACGAAUAUAAAGUUUUAGUUGCAUUUUUUCUCAAUGAUUGUUCUUAAUUUCCAGCAUGCUUGGGUUUGAAAAUAAAGUCAAGAGAACCAUUUGUAUAAGGCGCAAAGUGUAGUGUGUUUGUAUUCCAUCAUGCAUCAUUUAAUAUCAUGUAUACUAAUAACUUGUGUUAUAUGACCAUGUUUGAUUGCUCAACUUGUGUUUUAUAUGUUUAAGAAAAAUAAACGAAAUAAAGCAUACGCAACAAUAAAA